GUCCCUCCCAGGGAGUUGCCGCCCGCCGCUGGGCUGAGGGAGCGUGGGGGGGGGAGAGGUGCGAGCGCUGCCAAGGCCUGUCCGGGAACCCGUCGCCUCACAGCUGGAAUUUGUGAUCGUCCUCAACACUUUUCUCUUUCUCCCCCACCUUACAGCUUUCUGGGUUUAGGGUGAAAUUCUAGGCAGUUUCCUGCUUCCCUGUCCUUCCUACCCCGUGCAUCAGUCUUUUUAAAAACAGAGCCAUCAAUAACGAAAUAAACAAAAAAAGCCCACUGCUUUGACAGCAGCUGUCUUCUGGACUGACUGAAAUCUGUGAGCCCUGCUUAGCAGAAACUAGAGUUUGAUAGAAGCAUUAAAGGCAAGUACUGACUUUGGUCCAUUCAUUCACUUGGUUUUAUCCCCACCUGCUGCUUCACUUGCUCUGUUUGCUUCUGGGCAAUGCUUUUGCUGGAGUUCACAAGGCAAUUACUGUUGCUAUAUAAUGUGGAUGAUAAGGCAUGAUCUCAUGUAACAUACUUGCUAAGGUGAUUAUUUUUUUUUUUUUUUGUAGACUUAAUGGAGACACAGAGAUCCAUUCUGCUAGUGUCUUUCAUGUUUGAAGUUACUUGAAGUUGAAAUAAUAGGUUUUGGUUAAACUAUGGAAGUUUGGUUAAACUGCAAGAUGAGCAACUGGUAGAAGUAGGUGUUGACUUCUCAGGAGUCAUUGAGACAAUACAUCUUUCCAGUGUGUGACAAAAUUGCUCAGUAUGGGAAAAUAAUUAAGGGAAGGUAUCAUUUUGCUAUUUUAAUCAGGGUUUCAUGAUUUUAUUUGAUGCAUGUUGUAUACAGCAUUAAACGGAAAUGGAGAAUUUGUUUAGAAAUAGUGAAGUUUGAAAUGGUUGAUGUCACAGAUAAUCGGGGCAUGGAAAAUACGAGUUUACUGUGAGAGACUGAGAUUACAUUAGCAUAACUGACUGCUGGAUUUAGAUUAGUUGUUAGGUGCAGAUUUAUAAGGCAAUCAAAGUUUGUACGGUUUUUUUUGGUGUUUUUUAUUAAUGUGACUUUUUUUUUUUUUUUCCCCCACUAAUCAGUGAAAUGUUAAAUGCUUGGAAGGACCAGAGGUCUGAGAGUUUCAGUUGAUAUAAUUAAUGGCAAAUGGGUGGAGAGAACUGCUAGAUGAAUUUUUUGUUGCCCUAAGAAUUCUUCUUCAAAUGAAAUAGUUUGGUUUGAAUUAUUAGUAAGUGGAUAGGACUCAGUCUAGCAUGAAAUCCAUGUUCAUGGUUAUGAUAAUUGGGUAUGGGCUAUUAUGUGUACAGUAGUAUCCCUUUGGAUUUUAUGGGUUUAUUGAUGUGAGAAAGCUUUUGGAAUUUAGUCUGCUCUAGUUAAACUCCUGUAGUUUGAAAUAAACUGCAGCCAUCUUCAGCUGUUUUUAAGUUAUAAAGCUAUCUUUAAACUGAUUAGGAAGAAAUUUGAGCUAAGCUGAGAUACAGGAUGUAUGGAAUUUGUGUUCAUUUAGCUAUGCAGGCUUUAAAAUUGACUUAAAUUUCAUUUAGCAGUUUCUGGUUUGUUCAGUUGUACUGCAUACCUACUAGCAGCACAGAGGAAUCUGCUAAAAUGAUGAAAUUUGAGUAUUAGUGUGUGUAGAAGAGCAGGCAGAAAGGACGUGGGUAAUUAAUGCUUGAUUUAUUUAUGUUGAUGAGCUGCUUUAUUCUUUGCCUCUCUGGAAAAUUGUCGUACAUAUUAAAGGGAUUAGUUAAACAAAAAGCACACAGAAAAAGGGAACUCUAUAUUUAAAUGACAAGUCUGUUUCAAAGUACAGAGUUUGUUUCAGAGAAGUUUGGGUUUGCCACAUUUGUCCUUGCCUUUGGUGGCCUUCCCUGGCUGUCCCGACAGCCUGUCUCCUGGGUACUUGAGGACAAGCUAAGGGUUGCUAAUUGUAGAUCAGUGAAAUUCUCUUUUUUAGAGAAGAUCAUACUGGGCAUCAUGAACAGCAACAAUUUUGUAAUACUCCCAGGCUCAAAAACUGGAACCUCUGUGAGGUUAAAAGCAAAAACUGUCAGAGAAUUGCAGUCGGAGAAAGUGCAGUUGGAAGCAGAAAACAAAGAGAUGGAGAAGAAAUUAAGGCAACUACAGUCAAACAUGAGCAGAGAAAAAGAAGAGAGAAAGAAAUCAAGUGCUUAUCGUUGGAAAUCUGGACAGGCAGGACCAAUAACCAUCCAAGCCCAAGUUUUGUCACAAAGCAAAGAAAACAAUAAUAAGGUUUCUUCGGGAAAGGUGAAGUUGCAAAUACUCAAAGAACAGAUGCAAGAGUCAGUGGAAGAACCAUUUAAGCAUGAAAUGGCAAAUGCUGUAGGUCAUGAAAAACCUGAAGUGAAGGGGAUAGCAUAUGGACUAGGUGAAAUUAAGAGUGCGCUCCUGACAGAAGCUGAUAUACAUGUUGGAAAGCUGAAAGUCAUUGAUCGCUUCUUCAAGGAAGUAAAUUUGAAUGAAUCGAAAAUUAAUCAUGAGCAGAAGAAAGUAAACAGCAAGCAUCAGGUCACAUCAGACAAGUUUUCAUCUCUCUUAACAUCAGUAGGCAGUGCUGAGGAGCCGUCAUCAGAAUCAGCCUGUACAGCCCUUGAAAAACAGGACGGAGGAUUAUUACUAAAUGGUGUAUUUAAUGAGGAGGAAUCUGCAAAGUCUUUUCAGGAAGCAUUGCUUCAAUGGAGAAAAGGUAAUUGUGAUCACAGAGAACAACUGCGUGCCAGUGAGGUCCUAUCAGAACCUGUGGGAAUUUGUGAGGUACAGACCAAUCUUACAGUUAUGAAGGAACCUAUCCAAAUUGAAUUCAAGGAUGGCCUGAGCUACAUGGAGAAACUGUUGCUUAAGAAAUACAGAAGAACUCCUAUUAAACAAAUUUCUGGGAGUUGCGUUAAAGAUUUAAGGCCUGUGCAAACACCAAGUGUACAUCAGGCUGUGUUUGGAGGAGGGGGAGAAGGAGAUGAUGAUGAUGAUGUCAGUGACUUAACAGUUGAAGAGGUGAAGAGAUACUGGACAUCUGUUUUUAGAGAGGCAGAACCCAACACUAUUUCUCAAAGUCGAGAGUCCUCUUUGAAAAUUGAGUUCCUUGAUGAUUCUUAUGACAAAGACUUGGAAGAAUCGUCUAACUUCUUUGUGAUGGAAGCUGAGGCUGUGGGAAUGAAUAAGCAAGGAAAAACUGAACCACUCAAGCACUGUGGAAGAAAUCCCGUUUCUUCUCAAGAAAUUUCUCAAGAAAAAAUGGUUGUCUACAGUCCUCUUGAAAGAAAUGUAGUGCAAAAGGAGAGUAUUAAACUGAAGACUAUGAGAAGAUCAUUUAGCUCCUGUAAACUACCUGAGAAGACCUCUAACCUUCCCGAACUAAUGAGCAAUAGAUAUCUCCUUGAGAAAACCAAUGAAGAGUCACAAGAACUGGACAGCGUCUGCAGUAGUCAGAGUUUGGGUUUGCCUGUAAUUACAAAGUCUUCAGCGUUGCAGGAUGUAGCAAAAAGACAGAAAUCUGGUUCUACACAGUAUUGGGGACUUGAAGGUUUCUUUGUUGUAGGUGCAAACCCUAAUCAUGUAGUGCUUGAAGCGUGUUCUUCACCGUGUGCUGACUCCAGCCCUGUGGACAGUAGUAUCCCAUUCCCAGGAGAUGGGAAGUGGGUUGCUGAAAGGAGCUUAAGCAAAUAUGCCGAUAAUUCUAUAGUUCGAGGUGUCUUAGAUAGUCAGUUGAAUAGACCUUCAAGUGGUUUGGAGACUCAAAACAGAAUUUCUCCCCAGAUGGUAGCAUGGAGUUAUUACCCAGGGAAUGAUUUUAGAACACCUUGGUCAGCAAAUAUGCCACACUGUAAACUAACUGGAAACUGUCCAACAAGCACACAGCCAAGACCAAAGAGUUCACUUAAGUGUGUGUUUAGAGUUGAGAGCGAGAUAUCAAAACACAAAUACCUUGAUGUAACUAAACAAGAUGAGUAUCUUUGGGAAUAUAAUGCUGACCAAGAAGCCCUGCUUACUCUGGAAAAAGAAUUACAAAGUUAUACAGGUCAUGAAAAACGUUACAGCUUGGCUUCUGAAGAUACCACCUUCUCCAGAAGACACUCGGAGAGGUUAUGUAGAAAUACUACAGAUUUUCAUAAAAACCUGGAGCUAAAAGACCACAGCAGAUUUGAUACUCUCAGGGGCUGGGAUGAAAGCCAAGUGGAUGAUGAGGAAGAAAUUCUGGAGGAUCAGCAACAGGUUCUUUCAUUACAGUGAACAUGCAAAGAACUUUCUGCAAUUUCUGUCUUUACCUAUCAUACAAAAGCAAGAAGCAGAUGAAGAGGUGUCUUGAAUGCUGCUCACUAUAUUAUUUAUUAAGGAUUAUUUUGUAAAACUGUUAAUAAAAAUUCUUUAAAAAUC